UCAUCAGGUUUUCCGCGUGCCUCUCGCAGCGCAACAUCACUUGUGGGUGGAUUCCGUUGUCACUGACAACAACCCCUAAAUCAAAGCAUGAGGAUCGGUAUUACAUCACAGGCUCGUGCUGGGCUGGGUCUGGCCACUUCGCCAGGUGUAAUCACAGGCUUUUCUCGUGGGAACUCCCUUGAAGAGGCUUUUCCUGCGGUGAGCUUUCACGCAUCCAUCGCCCCGGGAUAUAAUGAAGGAAUCCUACAGAUGACACUUUGCGUUUGGGACGGAAACUCUGAGUUUAUUGAUUUCAUUCCCGGUGAAAUUUGUCCAAAGAUCUGCCAUGCGGAGAACACCUCGUUCACAAAUUUCGUGCUUGGAUUCUUCUGUGUUUUCUCCAGUUCUGACUCGUCGAGAGUUUGUUCUUCUGCUGCUGUCAUGUCUUAUUUUAUUGCCCCGUUUGCAGUGUGCUAGAUCGCGCAAGCAGCCACCUGGUAUUGAAAUUUUUGUGUCUGGACAGUCUAAUACUGUAACUCAGAAAGUUCUCACAACAGAUGGCAAAGAGUGCAAGUUUCCUUUUCGCUUUGGUGGGACGAUUUAUCACCAGUGUAUCUCUAAGAACUCUAAGCAGGCCUGGUGUUCUCUAACACACAACUUUGACCGUGACCAGAAGUGGGGAUACUGCAGUUCACCCACACGGCUGUUUAAUGGGUUUCUUCCUCCACGUCAGGGUCGGGGUCUCUGCCGGCAAAACCCGUGUUUGAAUGGGGGUGUUUGUGCCAUGAACACUCACCUGGACUCAUUUGAUUGUGUGUGUCCUGAUGGCUUUACUGGAGCUCUGUGUGAAAAAAAGAAGUGCUACGAGCCGCUGCGUCUGAAGCACUAUGACAUUGGAGAAUCGUGGGGACGGAUCUACCAGCGAAGCGUAGAGAUGUGCACGUGCCUUGGUGGGGAGGUCAGCUGCGAGCGUGCACGUUACACGGUGUGUUUGCGAAAUCUCUGUGAAAAUGACGGAGUCUGUAGAAUGAUUGAGGCCACUGGUGAAGAGGUGUGUGGGUGCAAAUCUGGAUAUAUUGGACAAUACUGUAAUAUCAACCCACGAGAGCAGUGUUACCGUGAUUCAGGUGCACAGUAUCGUGGUGUAGCCAAUGCCACCGUCUCUGGAUCAUCCUGCCUGCCGUGGAACUCGGAUCUGUUGUUCAGUGAGCUGACAGUAGAUACAGUGGACAGCGCCCCCCUCAGGGGCCUCGGAGAACAUGCUUUCUGCAGGAACCCUGAUCAAGAUAAGCUGCCGUGGUGUUACACAAUGAUGGAGAGAGCCAUUUCCUGGGAGUACUGCGACAUCCAGCCCUGCUCAAAACAACCAUCUUCCCGCAGAGGUCCUUUCAUGACUGCUGUACCACGGCCGCCCCGCACCCCUGCCAGGACACCGGUGUGUGGUAAGAGGCACAGGAAACGGAUCAGUCGGGGUCGUAUCCUGGGUGGGACGUCCGCAUUGCCUGGCGCUCACCCUUGGAUGGCAGCGUUGUACAUCAGAGAUGAGUUCUGCGCGGGAACGCUGGUUUCUGCCUGCUGGAUCGUAUCCGCGGCCCACUGCUUCCUGCGCAAUCCAUUGCGGUCACAGAUUCGGGUUGUUCUUGGCCAGCAUUACUUUAACGACACCGGCUCGAACACCAGGACGUUUGGUGUUGAGGACUAUAUUCUGUACCCUCGUUAUACUCAGUUCCAGCCGACCUUAAAUGAUAUUGUCUUACUGAAGCUGAAGAAGGUCAACGGACGCUGCGCUCAGAAAACACCUUUCAUCAGGCCGAUCUGCCUUCCAGGGAAAGGCACAACGUUCCCGGAUCACUUCUGCUGUAAGAUCUCGGGCUGGGGUCAUAUGAGUGAAAAGGCAAACUCAUAUUCAGACCUGAUCGAGGGAGUGGUGAAGAUUAUUCCGUUUGACCAGUGUUCGAGUCCAGAAGUGUAUGGAUCAGAGGUCCGGUCGGGGAUGCUGUGUGCCGGGAGUGACUCCUGUGUGGACGCCUGCCAGGGAGACUCCGGCGGUCCUUUAGCAUGUGAGUGUGACGGUGUGAGUUUCCUUUACGGCAUCAUCAGUUGGGGGGACGGAUGUGGACGGUCAGGAAAACCAGGCGUUUAUACCCUCGUGCCCAAAUAUUCUGACUGGAUAAACAGCGUCAUCAAAAGAUCCAGGAAAACAACAUCAGCUAACAGAAUAAAGAUAAACAUUUCCAUCGGGAAUCAAUGCCAAAGACAACCCAUAAAUCAACUGUGACUUUAUUAUUAAUGUAUUAGUUUACACUUUCCAUUACAGUGUUCAUGUUACUGAGUAAUACUAAUGAACUUAAGUGUUAUUAAUGCUAUUGUAUUUAUAUUAACAAGCAAUAUUGUGACAUGUACACACUGUA